AAAAAUGCAGAAUAUUCUACUUAUUUUAAUAAUACCUAUUGUUUCUGCUUCUUCCAAUGCUGCAUUAUUGAAUUACAAUGAAAAUUGGAAUAAUAACGAAUUCAUUAGCAGCAUAAAAAAUCCACAUUUGAGGGUAAAAAGAGGCGAACACGAUUUGCUUGAUUUUGGUACUGGAAGCACAUUUCCACCUGAUGCUGAAUUAGAAGAUGAUAAUAAAGAGCCAGAAACUACAGAACAUACUUAUUAUACAAUGACUACACAUACUGACAAUGAAGAAAUUUUUGCUCAAAAUUAUAUUGAUAUUCAAAAAUGGAUUAGUGAAGGUGGAGCUGUUGGACAAACAGAAAAUUCUCAUUUGGAUAAUGCUUAUAGAAAAGCUGCUGGAGUUAAAUUAAAAUUUGAUUUUCCAUUUUAUGGACAUAGAUUACAAAAUUUAACGAUUGCUACAGGCGGAUUUCUUUACGUUGGUGAUCAAACACAUUCUUGGCUAGCUGCUACACAAUAUAUUGCCCCUCUUAUGGCAAAUUUUGAUACAAUGGAGAAUGGAUCAAGCAUUUCUUAUGCAGAUGACGCGAAAAGAGUUGUUGUAGAAUGGCAUGAAGUUACUCUUCGGGAUAAUAGACAAGCUGGCCCAUUUACCUUCCAAGUCCAUCUUUGGCGUAAUGGAAAUAUUACUUUUGUUUAUAAAGAGGUUCCAAUUCCAAUAACAAAUAUAAGCGAUUCCUUUCAUCCUCGCAAAAUGGGAAUUUCUGAUGCCUAUUUAUUUAAUCAUAAAGUUAGCAAUGUUCCACCAGCUCUACAAUCUAGUAAAAGAGUCAUACACGAGUAUCAUCGAAUAACUGUUUCUCCUGACAAAAUAACUUCAAACUCUGUGGUAUUUAUGGAAGCAUUAAAAACCUGUUUGGAUGCUACCACAUGUGAUGAAUGUCAUAAAAUGGCGUUAAAAACAUUUAAAUGUAAUUGGUGUAUACCUAAAGAUGGAGGGGACAAAAAUCAUGGUGGUGAAGAUACUGAUGGAAAUAAUAAUAAACCUUUUUGUUCUGAUCAAAUGGGAAUGCAUAGACGUAGACAAGAAUGGAUUGAAGGGAAUUGUCAAGUCAACGAGGAAAACCAGUAUUGCAAAGCAGAAGACGUUACUUCACCAGAUAAUACCACAAAGGAAGCUAAUACAGCCUCACUUGAUGAAUCACAAACGACUUUGGUUAAUGCUCCAACUGCUGCUACCACUAUUGAAACCAAUACACAAGAUGUUUCACCUUCCCAAAGCCACCAUCAUACCCAACAACAUUCAGACAAUGAAAGUUCAGGUGGAAUAGCAUUUAUCACAUUUUUUGCUUUAAUUGGAAUCUCUACAUCAAUUUGGGUGGCUUAUGCUUAUUUAAAUCCACAUACACGUUCUGGACAACUGCUCAUAAAGUAUCGCCCUUCCAAAUGGCAAAUUCCAUCAAGUCAUGUCCGCUACAGCGCUUCUGUACAUAUGUAA